UAUACGUUAAGCUGACAUUUUAUUAAAUAACAUUUGGACCAACUGCUUUAGAAAACAAACUGAUCACCAUUGACAUAACCGAGCUAAGGAGAGGGUAUUCUCAUCAGUGUAUUAACAUUUCUAGCGCGAAUAAUGAAUGAUUUACCGUUUGUUAAUACAAGGCUUUGCUUUUAUUGAAGGGUCAUGGUGUACGGUUCCGGUCGCUUGCGGAAGCCCCUUUCCUUUGGAAUGUGUUCAGUAUUGAGCGCAGUAUUUGGUUUAUUUAUUUAUACAGUUCUAGCAUAUUCCGAAUAUAUAAAACCUAUAUCGAUGUACAGUUACGUCCCGUCACAAGAUUCUACAUUACUUUCCGUGUUUUCUGCUGUUAUUGACAUUGAAGAUGAACACAAAGUUACAUUAAAUGUCUGGGAUGGGACAAGGGACAUGGACUACAAAUGUUGUAUUUUGAUUUCUAAUGCAAAAUUAGUUCAAGUUUUAGCGAAACCACUAGAUUCUGCAUACGAGGAAAACGUUAUAUCUGCUCGACAGUAUCGAUGUUCCUUUUCCUCACUAAAAGGUCAUGUGAUCUCCGUUGCUAUGAUACCGGCUUCUAAAACAUGUACGAUGAGUGAACAGUUUACAAACGUAAUGUUUCCUUCAAGGCCAAAAAUAGUCAACAGUUUUGUUAUCUAUUCUGUGUUAACACAAGAAGUACGUCCUAUUCAGCUGAUCGAAUGGCUAGAAUACUAUAAAUCUACAGGAGUAGACAAAAUCUACCUGGUUCUCCAGCUUCCGUAUGCACAGCUGAUGACAGUGUUAUCAUACUAUUCACGAAAUGAUUUCCUAGAGAUAAAGGAACUACCUUUCCCACUACCUGGUAGAUCACAAGAUACCGUCGAUCGCAGUUUUACGACAACAAUGGACGACCUUAUCCAACGUCAGCUUGAUCAGGACAAACUCGUAGGAACAUUCCAUUGUAGGGAAUAUCUUCGUGGUUAUGGAUAUGCGGCCAAUAUCGACGUAAAUGAAUUCAUCUUAACAGAAAAAUGGAGAGUGCUAUUUUACUUUCUCGAGGAAACAUUUGAAAAGACAUAUCCCGACGCCGCAGCCGUGAAACUGCGAUAUGUACAAGAUUCACAUUAUAAGUCAAAUUUCAAAGGAAAAAAUGAUACAGAACGCAUUAAGUACAAGAUCAUCUAUAUCCCUGGACAUGUGGAACCCACGAGAAGCGACCUGGUCAUACCACACACAAAUUACCAUGUGUACACGUUACCUGAAUAUAAUGGAGCUGUGUAUCACGUAAGCCAAUGCUCGGCAAUGUGGAUAAUUUGUAUCAGAAACCGUUCGCCAUCAACCAUGAAAUUGUACCGUUCAAGGACAGAAUUAGAACGAAAAUGUUUUGCUGUGGCAACUAAACUGUAUCUUAGUGCAUACAAUUUCAAACCACGUUAUUAAAAAGGUCACUCACACGAUUAACUUGUAAAUAAAUUAUUGAAGCCAUAAGAACCGAAUAGUGUGUGACUAUGCUCCCAUUCAGGUACAACAUCUU